AUGCCUGCUGCCGGUAAUUUAGCAUUGAAUUUUUUAAUAGGUUUUUUGGUGUCGGUAAUGGCGUCAAUUAUGAAUGCUGCUGGUUUAAAUUUACUUAAACUGGAUCAUGUUAGAAACACAAAUAAACCAUCAGAGCAUCAAAGAAAUGAAUGCGGAAGACCAUUAUGGCAUCUUGGUUUAUAUUUAUACAUUUCUAGUCAACUUAUAGGCAGUACAAUUGCUCUUAAUUUCCUUAGGGCUCAAUGGGUUGCGCCACUUGGAUCUAUUUCAUUGAUUUUUAACUUUAUAUUUGCGAGAACAUUAAUUGGAACGCGUAUCACAAAACAGGAUAUUACAGGAACAUUUGUUGUAAUAAUUAGCGUUAUAUGGAUUGUUGUUUUUGGUGGAAUGAAUACUGGACAAGGCGAUGAAUAUUUAACACUUGAAAAACUUAAAUCACUUAUGAUGAGGCCUCUUUUUAUUGUCUAUUUUUCGUUCCUCAAUUUUAUAACCUUUUCACUAUUUGGAAUUGCAAUUUAUAUUUAUUGGAUAAUUAUUGAUGAAGAUAGAAAAAGACGUGAUAGCUAUUUCAGAACAAUUGAAACUAAUAGAUUAACGAAAACUGUUGGAAUGAUAAUGUCAGGUGUUGGCGGACUUCUUGCAAGUCAAACUUUACUUUUAGCAAAAAGCGGCGUAAAACUUUUUUAUAUUUCAGUUACAGAGAAAAAUCAAUUUACAGAUAGUCUUAGUUUAUUUAUCCUGAUAAGUUUAGGGGUCACAGCCAUACUACAAGUGUAUUGUCUUAAUACAGCAUUGAAAUUACAUGAUUCGGUUUUAGUUGUACCAAUGUUUUAUGGAUUUUAUACAACAAUGGGACUAUUGAAUUCAAUGAUCUACUUGGAUGAAUUGUCAUCGUAUCCAUUCUGGGCUUUACUAUUAGUAACUAUAGGUAUUGCAACCUUGAUUUAUGGUGUCUUGUUAUUAAGUAAAUCAAAAGAGGAACCUAGAUAG